AUGGCCGAAUCCACAUCUGUUAAUGCUAAAUUAUUUGUUGGAUCUAUACCUACCAACGUUUCCGAAGAAGAGUUGAAAGAGGAAUUAUCUAAAUAUGGACAAUUAGUAUCAUUAUUUUAUAUGCCUGAUCAAAUGAAACAAAAUAAUGGCUGGGCUUUUGUUACAUUUGAAAGUAAUCAAAGUGCUUCUAAUGCUAUUGAUGCUCUUAAUGGUAAAAUCGUAUUUGAGGUAUCCCGUUACGGUGCGAGGUCCACGGCCAACCACCACUACGAAUUCUUUAGUUAUAUACGGUUAUAUAUAAGUUCUAAUGUUGGUUUGGAAGUGGUAUAUGCUUCACAACGUAGUAUGGUUGAGAAUCAGACUUCUACACCUGCUGUAUCAGUUUUAUGGCAGCAAUUUACAACAGCUGAAGGUGUUCCAUAUUAUUAUAAUGUAAGAACUGGUCAAACUCAAUGGGAGAAGCCUGCGGAAUUAAUGGCUCCAGCACGUGCUGUGGCUGGUGGUUCAUCAUUUGGACCACCAGGUGCUAAUUUAUUUGUAUUCCAUGUUCCAGCAAAUUGGAAUGAUCUGGACUUGGUAGAGCAUUUUAAACACUUUGGAAAUGUAAUUAGUGCUAGAGUACAACGUGACUCUGCAGGUCGGAAUCGAGGCUUUGGAUUCAUAUCAUAUGAUAACCCACAAAGUGCUGUCGUAGCUAUCAAAAAUAUGAACGGCUUCAGCGUAGGAGGAAAAUAUCUCAAAGUACAACUUAAAAAAGGUGAAGAACAUUAUAUGCAAAUGGAACCAAUACAAUCACAUUAUCCACAACAUACCUAUGGUACACAAAUUAAUAAUUCUAAUGGUAAUACUCUAACUCCCAAAUAUCAAAUGCAUUAUAAUCCUUAUUAA